GUUGCCGCGGCAAUACUCUCUGUCAGUGCCUCCAGAUUUGGCCCUACAGACCGUGUUGCUAUGGCUACCGAACACUCAAAACACCAGUUCACACAGGCCCACCACCAGACCCCUUCGACUGAAUGGAUUAGGCAAGACUCCGAGAGUGGGUUCGUUGGGUUUUUGUCUCUAUUUGCCCCUUGAAUGCUCGCCACUCUGUCUGCACACGUCUUCAUGUGCGUCAUCCUCCGUCGGAAUGGCCGGUUGCCAGCCCGUCCUGUCUGUAGCACCUCUGUACCGCCGGACAGUGUGACGCUCCUUUCGCCUAUUCGGCCUACCAUCAGUUGUCUUGACAACCUGCUGUUCACUCAAGCCCUAUACCUCCUCCAUUCCACUCAACAGCUCACCUUCCUGUCCUCCUUUGCCGCUUGCUAG